GCAGUCGAUGAGAGAAAGGAGAGCGACGACGAGGCCUUCCUUGAAACCGCGAGCGGCUCUUCACGACAACCGUAGGUACCUAUACCCUGCGCUGCGCUCGCGUAAACAGUGCGACUCGGCCGAUGCAACGAUUUACGUUAAUUUGUAAAAUAUAAAACGCGAGUGAUAAAGACCUGGCGCUGAUAAGGCUCGAGCGGCUUUGUUCGCGCGCUGACAAUACAGGUCGCUGAUGUCUUCGGUCUUUGAGUACAGUGCACUGGUGUUGUGAUAAAUCGUCGUCCAGCGCAGUCGAGAGAACAGGAGAUUGAAUGGAUUCGCUGAGGAACAGGCUACGGCCUCGAAAAUGUGGUCUAAUUAUGACCUCUCUACUAAUUGGAAUACUCGUGCCGAACGUAGUUUCAUCCUACAGUAUUGGCGUGGGUAUCUCCGAUACAACUGGACCCGUCGCGGAGAUCGUCUUUAUGGGCUAUGCCAAGAUGGAUCAGAAGGGCUCGGGGCUUCAUUUGCGGACAUUCGCCCGGUCAUUCAUCAUCGACGAUGGCCAGCACAGGUUCGUCUUCGUCACAGUGGACAGCGCGAUGGUCGGUCACGAUGUGAAGGCUGCGGUCCUUCGAAAUCUUCAGUCGCAUUACGGCGACUUGUACACGGAAAGCAACGUCAUGAUUAGCGCCACUCAUACGCACUCAGCCCCGGGCGGCUUCAUGAUGGACGUACUCUUUGACAUCUCUACUUACGGUUUCGUGAAGGAAUCCUUUACUGCUUUGGUCAACGGAAUCGCCAAGAGUAUUGACAAGGCCCACAAUGCCGUUGUUCCGGGGCGCAUAUUCAUUACACGCGGCGAGGUAUUAGAGGCCAAUAUCAAUCGAAGUCCAUUGGCUUAUCUGAACAAUCCUGAAGAGGAGAGAAACAAAUAUAAGUAUGACGUAGAUAAGGACUUGGUACAGCUUCAAUUCAUCGCUGCGAACGGAAAACCGCUCGGAGUUAUCAACUGGUUCGCCGUCCACCCGACUAGUAUGAACAAUACGAACCACCUCGUGUCCAGUGACAACGUCGGUUUUGCGUCGGUACUCUUCGAGAAGCGGAUAAACAAGAACGCCAUGGUUGGAAAGGGUGACUUUGUGGCUGCCUUUGCUUCCACGAAUUUGGGUGACGUUUCGCCUAAUACACGCGGUCCGAAGUGUGAAUUUUCCGGUCAACAUUGCACGGUGCAGUACACUUGCCCAGGUAAAAAGGAAAUGUGCUUCGCAUCGGGACCAGGAAAGGACAUAUUUGAGAGUACGAGCAUAAUUGCAAACAAGAUUUUGGACGAAGCUUGGAAAUUAUGGGGUAGCGGUUCGGUUACCGAGGUGAAAGGACCCGUACGCAUCGUUCACCGCUUCGUCGACAUGCCAAAACAGAGUGCUACCUUCUACAACGCGACUACCCAGAAGGUCGAGGAGGUGCACGGCUGUCUGCCAGCAAUGGGCUACAGCUUCGCAGCUGGUACGACUGACGGCCCAGGCUCGUUCGCUUUCGAGCAGGGCACGACCACGUCAAAUCCCUUCUGGAACACGGUGCGCAAUUUCUUGGCCAAGCCGACCGACGAGGAUGUCCGCUGCCAUGGCGCCAAGCCAAUUCUGCUAGCCACGGGGCGGAUGAAGCUACCGUACCAGUGGCAGCCGAAGAUCGUCUCGACGCAUUUGGCGCUCAUCGGAAAUGUGGCCAUUGCCGGCGUGCCCGGUGAAUUUACGACCAUGUCUGGCAGGAGACUGAGGGACACUGUGAAAACGGCCAUCGUUGAGGCGGACAAAUCCUUUGAGAAUGCGAACGUUAUUCUGGCUGGCCUCUGCAACACUUACAGCGAUUACGUUGCCACACCCGAGGAGUAUCAACUCCAGAGGUACGAAGGAGCAUCAACGAUUUUCGGACCGCACACCCUUACCAUUUACCUCAAACAGUACGCCGAGCUUGCCAAGCACGCAGUGCUCGACGAAACUGUCGAGCCAGGACCAAAUCCCCCGGAUCUAUCAAAGGAGAAGUUGAUCAGCUUGGUGCCGCCUGUGAUUUACGAUGCGCCAAAGUGGGGCAGAGAAUUUGGCGACUGUGUUAAGCAACCGAUGCGAACCGCUCGUCCUGGAGACGUUGUUACCGCCAGAUUUAUUUCGGGACAUCCAAGAAAUAAUUUUAUGACUGGAAGUACAUAUUUGACAGUUGAACGUUUGGAAGAAGACGAAACUUGGACUCCUGUUGCUACAGAUGCAGACUGGGAAACUAAAUUUAUUUGGGAAAGGACGUCUAGCAUUCUUGGCUCAAGUCAAGUGAUUACCUCAUGGGAAGUUCCAGAAAAUGUCAUACCAGGAGAGUACCGAAUUCGACACAAUGGUUACUACCGCUAUAUUCUUGGUGGAGUUUAUCCCUAUCAAGGUGUUACCAACCAUUUUCAGGUCAAAACCCCAAAUUUGAACUACUAAGUGCAUCUACUCAUGCUUCCGCUAUUGUGAUUGAAUUUAUAGAACGAGAAUGAUUUUUCAUCAGACCUGCACGGUAAGUACAAUUUACCUACCGAGCGCCUGGAGAGAAAUGUGUAUUUUUUGUGCUGGUGCGAGGAAAAAUUAUAUACGCAACACGGGAGAAAAUUUGAACAGCCCAUAUCUCGUGUUUGCCACGUCCACAUUUUCACGAGAUAUGGUUUUUUGUCCCUAGGCACGUAGUAUAGUAUUUUAGUUGAGGGGAAGUAAUCACUGGAUGAAAGUACGGAAGUUAAUUCUUGCCAUUUUAGAAUUUUAUUUGCAUGGGACACGAUCCAUAGUUUGUUAGAAAACGAAUUUACAGGAUUUUCGAAGUCUAUAUCAGUCAGACUUCAAAGAAUCAAGUAAGAUUUUUCAAAUAUUUUUCGUAGAAUACAAAAAUCUUUCUUGAAAGCAUUGAGAUUUAUUUGCAUUUAUUUUUAGCAUUAGUGUACAAGGUAAACGUUUAGAUAAAUCAAAAUAAAUCUAUUAAUUUUUUUAUCAAAUAAAAAGCUGUAUGGGGAUAUAUUUCCUUAACUUUGGAUAUGCACCAAUACUUUUCAGUGGACUAUUUCCAGUAUUUCAUACUUGAAAUCUGACUGAAUAAAUUAAAAUUAAAUUUAUGUUUAGUGAUCUUAUAUAUUUUGUAAUUGACUUUCGCUGACUUAUAUUAUAGAAUAGUUGACUAUAAUUUACGUAAAAAUCCGAAAACUCGCUUAUUUUAUAUCUAAAUAUAAUAUAUUAUUUCAUUGUCAUAUUAAUUUUUGCAUGCAUGAAAUAAAUAGUGAGGCAUUAUGACAAAAUUUACUCCCAAAAUGCAGACCAUUGUAAAAUCUUUAUUUUUGUAUAACCCAAUGAUUAUUUGUAUUAAAAAAAUAUAUAUACAUGUAUAUAGAAGUAUGUCAAGGUAAUAGCAAACCACAUUAUAAUUAUUUACAAGGUGUUGACUUACUGUACGAUUCUAUUUGCAGGGUAAAUAUUUUUUUCUAUGUUCUCAAAUAAUUAAUUGUGUAUUGAAGAAUUACGGUUAACCAAAAAUAAUUCUAGUUAUGUAUUAAGUGCUAUGGCUUUUUAUGAGCUCAAUUUAUGUUGAUAACAAAUAACUGUUUGAUUGUAAUCUACAUAAGUAUAAUUCUUAACGUUUAAGAGUAUAACUAUAGAAAAACUUGAGAUGUAUGAAUAUAAGUAAAAAAUGUAUUACUGGAAAUUAAAAAAACUAUUUACAGCAUA